AUGGCCCCGCUACCUGCCGAACGGGUCGCCAUCAACAAACCAUUCAAUGUGACUGGCUUGGACUUUGCUGGACCUUUUGUCUGCAAGACAUCUCUGCUAAAACGUGCGCAAACUACAAAAGGAUAUUUGUGCAUAUUUGUGUGUUUUGCCACAAAAGCUACUCAUCUUGAAUUUCUGUCUUCUAUGUCAGUCAACCACUUUAUCGCCACACUACAACGAUUCAUUGCCCGACGAGGUACGCCUCAUACGCUAUGCUCUGACAAUGCCAAAACUUUUGUAUCCGCCACUAGAAAAAUGCAUGAAUUGGCCAAGCUUUUGGAAUCACUACCCUCUGAUGUCACUUGUUUUCUGUCCAACUAUGGCAUAAAUUGGAAAUUCAUCCCUCCUUACACACCCCACCAUGGAGGCCUGUGGGAAGCUGCCAUCAAAUCCACUAAAAUGCUGUUGUAUCGCUGUAUUGGAGACAAGGCUCUCACAUAUGAAGAAUUUGACACAAUAUUCACCCACAUAGAAAGCAUUUUGAACAGCCAACCACUAACUGAACUGUCUUCACAGCCCGCAGAAGCCACUUCUGUUCUAACACCUGGCCAUUUCCUAGUAGGUGGACCCCUGACCGCACCACCACAACCGAUAGAGACUAAAGAAAUACUAUCAACUCGCCGUUGGAGACAUUGUAACCAAAUGACGCAAUUCUUCUGGAGCCAAUGGUCUAAAGAAUAUCUAUGCACACUAAUGAACCACACAAAAUGGAAGGUUACUGAAAGAAACUUAUAG